AUGUCUUUCUCCUCCGUCUUCCGCCGCGCCGCUGUCGCCCCUGUCUCUGCUGCCCGGGCCUUUAGCACCACCACCCCUCGACCUCUGGCCAAGAUCACCAUCAUUGGUAAUCUCGCCGACACCCCCGAGGUUCACUCCACCAGCACCGGUCGCGAAGUCCUCCGCUACGCUGUGGCCAGCAACAGCGGCCCCCGAGACAACCGCAAGACCAGUUGGUUCCGAGUCACUAGCUUCGCCGAGGGCCCUCAGCGCGAUUACCUCAUGAACCUUCCUAAAGGUGCCAGCGUCUACGUCGAGGGUGAUGCCUCCUUGAGCACCUACACUGACUCCAACGGCCAGAACCGCAGCAGCUUCAAUGUUGUCCAGCGCACCCUCGAGGUUCUCCGACGUCCCCAGGCUCCUGAGCAGGGCGAGUAA